ACUGUUGCCGAAAUGACAUUUCUGAAGUAGUAGUUGGAAAAUAGAGGAAACCGGCUCACAUCAUAUGAGGGCCAAUCGCUCGUCAAUAUAGGAGGCUUACACAAAUCACGUCCAUCAUAUAAAUGGGAUCCAAUAUAAAGGAUAUACGGACACGCUGCAGUAAAAUAGAUUUAUAAAAGGAUUUUCUACCAAACGAAGAUAAAGCGAAGUAAUCUUGGAAGAUCAACUGAUAUUUACAAUUGGAUUACUUUGUGAUAGGAAAUAAUAUGGAUGUGUUUACAAUGUUAUCGCUUUUCGUCUCGAUCCUAAUGCUGUUUUCAGAAUGCCAGGCUUUCACAAAGUGCUCAUUCCCAUUGUUCAUGCAAACGUUCUCACAAACUCAUCACCCAAGACACUGGAUUACUCAACGGGUAUUUUCAAGACCAAACUCUGAACGAGUUGACACUGAACAUGAGUUUACCGUCGAUGACUCCGUCAUUGCCAAUAAGUACAAGUUCCAAGAAGGAUGUCGCUCGAGACAGGGCAAAAGUCAGUGUGCAUACACUCGAACACAGCCACAGUACAACUUAACGUGUCUUUCAGAGCGCCAUGGGAAGUAUACAGUGAGGAAAGAUGACGUCACAGGAAAAGGUUGGCCGACGAAGUAUCAAUGCAUACAGUUCAUUUCUCGGACGGAUAAUGUCCUUCAAAUAAAAAGUGGUCCCCCUACUAGUACACUAGACGAUGACCUAUGUGAUGACAAACGCAUGAGACUGGAUGAUUGGCCUUGGUAUUCUCAUACCUCUGAUGCACGUAUUAGUUGUCCGUUUACAGCAGGAUAUGAUUUUGAUGGCUUCCUCCCCUCAAACAAUAGAAGAGUCCACGACGAUGGCAGAGAGCACAUGGAACCUAUAUGUAAGGAAUGGAGGCCGUCUAGGCUUGAGAGUGAAUGUAUCAAUGGAGAAGGCCUAGACUUCAUAUUUCCAAACCCAGCUUGUAACAUUUUUGGACAACAAAAUAAUGUACAGCUGUUAUGUUGGGCAAGUUGGGUGGAAGAAGCACAUAUGUAUAUAAUUACAAAGGCCAAGAAUUCAGAGCCGCAUUAUACCCUUAGGAUCCCACUUAACAGAGACCUUCAUGGUUUUACAGCUAGACUAUACUUCAAUGUGGUUUCUCCGUCUCCGAAUCGAGGAGGUACAGCCUACAAAGGAAAUUACGUAAAAUACGUCGAGAUGUUUAUGUCCAAAUCGGACUCCGGACUCUGCUAUGAUGAAAGCAGUAAGUGUAGCGAAUAUGCCAAACAGGGAAAAUGUAUAAGUCGUCCACCAUACGAGUAUGCCAACUACUGUAAAAAGUCUUGUGGACUUUGUGGUCCGAUGCCGUCGCCACUUCCGGAAUGCUCUUUUCCUAACGAGUAUCAAGGAAACUGGGAGCUUUACGGCGCGGAUCCUUCGGGCAAAGAUAUAAAAGAUGACGUCUUUAUAACUGGUGGACUGAUAUCCUCCCGAAAGAUGGGGAGUUUUGUGUGCAAAGGAAAACACUACGCUUCUCACAAAUACAAACUUCUUACUACAUUUGAUAACGGAUGUCGGCCACGGUACACCUGUGUCUUGUUCACGAAGCCACACGAGCAACUGCUUCAGUACAGAAUGGCAAGAAGCGUGUCUUACGACCAGUCUAUACACAACCUCUGUGCUUUUGAUGCACAUUCUAGCAGAUCUGACGAUACUGGUGUAGGGAAUAUAUUGAUAGCUAAGACGUCUGAUGCAAACAAGUGUGGGUUGGAUGGCCAAUAUUCAUUCAAUGUAGCAAGUAAAGAUGGCGUUGCUGUACCAGAACCAACUUGUUCAGGAAUCAUCUCGGACUGGGAUUCAGCAAACUGUUCUAGCAAAACAAAGUUGGAUCUUUACCUUGAUCUUGAAAAAUGCCCCAGAAUGAUAGCUUUACAAUCGUUUACCUGUCGGUUGGAAUUAAAGUACAAACAUGGAGUCAAAAUAUUACUUGGUGAUGGCGGUGAAAACAAGGAAUUAAGAAGUAUUCACAAACUACCUUGCACGAGACUAAAGGAACUAAGUCUUACUAGAAAGGCAUUAGUUAAUACGGAGGAUUUAUCCUCGCUUAUUCUUGAUGUACGGAAUAGUGGCGAUGAGAAUGGAUGUGGUAGCGGUAUACAACGAGCACCCCCGGACAAUCAUUCCAAAGUUGAUAAAGGUCACCAGCGAAAUCCGAUCUACAAACCUCCAAAAAGUAGUAUUAGCGCAAUUAAGAAACCAACCAGUAGUGUGACCACACUAAACAAUCAUUCUUAUAGCUCAAUAUUAAUUUUUCUGACAUUAUUCAAUGUAGCAUAUUCAUUAUUCCGACAAAUACGGAUGACAUAG